AGGCAUGCGUUUAUCGCCACGUCCCGGUACAGCCGUUAAUUUGCGCGGGUGAAGCGGCCGCUGACGGAUGGAGUCUGAAAGCGCUCACCCGAGAUCAGACAAAUGCGCCGUGACGCGCCGCUCCGGGAUAACCGCGUUACGGGCGCAGACUCCCGCUGCUUGCAGAGGUUUCCGGUUGAAGGCAAAUAUUACUGCAUAAUUUUGCAUUUGAUUUUAAUGUUAAUUGUUGUUUGAUUAAAUAUCAAAAAUGUAUAUAACGAAACAAACUGAUAAAGUAAAUAAAGUAAAAAAAAUAAAUAUAAAAGUGGCUAUAACAGCAUCGAUGAUAUGCGUCUAAUUAUUUUUAUUAUUAUUUUUCAGAUUUUUUUCAUGGGUUCGCCACAUUUAGGCUAACUCUCAGAUAAAAUAAUUUGUGCUGCGUAAUAGCGACUGACAGCAAGCAGAUGCGCGUGAUCGUGAGCAGCAGGUUUCCGUCCAGAGACGCGCGUCGUUUCUGAUGAAAACACGGCGAAUUAACAAACACAAUUAACGCGUUUAAAUCCACACUGAUUAACAUUUGAACUCGCGUUUAUUUUAUUUAAUUCAGCAUAUAAAGUCCACAUCUGGCCCUCCUGCUCAACUCGAAGGGAUUUCGUGGAAUAAAUAGGCCAUUCUUCCUGCAAUCAUAUUAAAGUUCAUCUCACACUUCCACUAGAGCCACAUUAAAGCUGAAACAAUCCCACAAUUCAUUUAGCAUGAGCUGCGCCCAUUUAGCUGCUCUUGAAAACGCGCCCAUUUUCGCCUUAAUAACAUUAGUCUUAAUAGCCAUUAAUAGUCAUUUAUUUAGAAUUAUAUUUGUGAACGCGCGAGUCUGAUCUUCCGCAUAACGGAAUAAAACACAAAGGAGCAAGUAUAAAGGAGUUGAGCGCUGAGGAAGCUGACCAGGAGGAGGAUGAUGGAAAGGGUUAACGCGGAGGUGCAUUAGAGAUGCAUGGAGGAGCAGAGGGGAGGAGGCGUUCAGAGCUGAGACAUUGUCAUGCAAACAGAGACCACCGCCUCGCCAUUGUCUCCCGGACUCCAACUUUAUUAUAAACACACCGCGAGCCGCCCGCCGCAGCAGAUCACUGGAGCACCGGCACCGAGAGACACGCGCUGGAUACCGCGAGAAAACCACGCGUUCCGCUGGAGUUUGACGCCGGUCCCGGACCCUUCGCGCACCCACCCGGGUCUCCGUCCGCGCUCCACAUGUACAAAAUGGAUUACUCGUAUCUGAACACGUAUGACUCGUGCAUGGCGGCGAUGGAGGCGUCGGCGUACGCGGACUUUAACUCGUGCAGUCAGGCCAACACGUUCCAGUACAACCCGAUCCGAACCGGCUUCAGCUCCAGUCCGGGAUGCGCUCCACUCGGAUCCGCCAGCUGCACCCUGGGCGCGCUGAGAGAGCACCAGCCCGCACCCUACAGCACAGUUCCGUACAAGUUCUUCUCGGACGCGUCCGGUCUGAACGAGAAGCGCAAGCAGCGGCGGAUCCGCACGACCUUCACGAGUUCUCAGCUGAAGGAGCUGGAGCGCGUGUUCGCGGAGACGCAUUACCCGGAUAUCUACACGCGUGAGGAGCUCGCGCUGAAGAUCGACCUGACCGAGGCGCGCGUGCAGGUUUGGUUCCAGAACCGACGUGCCAAAUUCCGGAAGCAAGAACGCGCUGCCAACUCCAAAGGAGCUAACGCUGCCGGCACCGGCGCCAAGAAGUCUGGUGAGAACCGCUCUUCCUCCGAGGAUGAGGAGUCUAAAGAGUCGACCUGCAGCCCGACGCCGGACAGCACGGCUAACAUGGGCAGCCCCGGGGUCAGCAGCCUCAGCCCCAGCCCGGUCUCCGGCUCCUCCAUCUCACCCUCCAUCCACCAGGGGCUCAAGAGCUCGCCCUGGCCCAGCAUCGGCUCCCCUGGACCGGCCCUCCAGACCCAGGAGCUGCUGAAGGCCUGGCAGCCGGCGGACAGUAUGGCGUCUGGAGCCUUCGCCGGCGUUCUGUCCUCGUUCCACCGGAAACCCAACACAAUCAAGACCAACCUGUUCUAGAGACUCCGGGUCCUGCGUCUCUGUCGCUCAUCCACUGCUAGAUCCAUCUGUCCACUGAUUUGUGUAGAGCUGGACUCCUGAUGGUUCAUUUAUUGUCAUGUUAUAUAUGUGUGUGUGUGUGUGUGUGUGUGUGUGAGAUCAUUCAGGUCCGUUCCUCUUAUUUUCCUCUGAAUGCUGAAGAGACGCCUCAUAGAUCGACAUCAACAUCCCUCGAGUCGUCAGUAAAUGAGUUCUUCGUUUCCUCUCCAGAAACGUUUGGAGCUUCAGAACGAGAGAAAUGUUGAGUUCUCCAUGAAGAGACGACAGUGACCAGAUGUCCAGGACAGAUUCUGGGUUUAAGGAUCCGGUUCUAAACGACCAAUAUAAUAUUCUAGAUUGUCCGGAUUUAGGUUUCCAGAACUCAACAUCCAAGAGUUUUUAAAAGUGAGUUUCUGGGUGAAUUUAAAGGUUCGGGAUCAGAAUGAUGUUGAACUUGGGUCUUAUUGAUGAAUUCUCAUGCGGUUCUUCUCUGAAGCUCUUUGAAGAUAGAUUUUGUGUGUGUGUGUGUGUGUGAGAGAGAGAGAGAGAGAGAGAGAGAGUGUUUGUGUGUGUGAGCAAGUGUGUGUGUUUUUGUGUUGUGUGUGUGUGUGUGAGCGAGAGUGUGUGUGUAAGAGAUAGAGAGUGUGUUUGUGUGCGAGUGUGUGUGUGCAUGUUUCUGUGUGUUUGUGUUGUGUGUGUGUGUGAGUGAGAGUGUGUGUGUUCGUGUUUGUGUGUUUUUGUGUUGUGUGUGUGAGCGAGAGUGUGUUUGUGUGCGAGUGUGUGUGUGCAUGUUUCUGUGUGUUUGUGUUGUGUGUGUGUGUGAGUGAGAGUGUGUGUGUUCGUGUUUGUGUGUUUUUGUGUUGUGUGUGUGAGCGAGAGCGAGAGUGUGUGUGUAAGAGAUAGAGAGUGUGUGUUUGUGUGCGAGUGUGUGCAUGUUUCUGUGUGUUUGUGUUGUGUGUGUGUGUGAGUGAGAGUGUGUGUGUUCAUGUUUGUGUUGUGUUGUGUGUG